AUGUUUUGAGCAAUUGCGAAACGAUUGUAUUACUUUUGUUUUGAAUUAUUUAUUUAUUAUUAUUAUGGUUGAAAUUAGUAACUGUUACUGUUACUGAGUGAAUUAUUCCUUUAUUAUUUACAUAAACAAUAUUUUUUGUUGAAACUAUGGACUUAAAUAAUUCCCACAAUCAAAGUUACUGGUUUGUACUUAGGGAAGAUCAAAGUAAUGUUAUAUUUAGCAGUAACAACUUUAAUAUACAGAAUCCUCCAAGGGUAAGUCAAGAAACUCGUUACAUUGUUGACACAGGUGAUAGUCGGCAGUACAUACAGAUAAAUGAAGAUCAAGGUACUGAACACGCCAUCGCCGACAACAAUUAUAAUAAAGAUUUAACAAAACAGACCAGAGAGGAAAACUUUUGGGAUAGAAAUAAAAUUCGAUUACUACUAACACUCUGCUUAGACGACAGGUUCAAAAAUGUUUCAAAAGAUAAAACACUGUGGAAUGAAAUAUCACCUCUCAUUGGGGCGGAGGCUGACGAAUGUAACAAGAAAUAUAGGAACCUUAGAAGGACCUAUAUGAGGCUUUUGAAGAAGAAACAAUUGGGUAAAGAUAUCAAAUGGGUGCACUACAGUAUAUGUGAGGAAGUGUUCAAGGAGUGCAAGGCGCUACCGCUAUCAGAGCUAGAGCCUUGGGAAGAUAACAAAGUGAAGAAACUACUCAGUCUGUAUAUAGAGAAUCUUAAUAAAUUCCGUAACCCAGAAUGUUUACAGAAGGAUGUUUGGAAGGAGAUAGCAGCAACACUGGGCACAACGGAAUAUGACUGUUACCACAAGUUCAAAAACUUGAAAAGAACAUACUUCAAUUGGUUGGAAAAAAGUAGAGAAACUGGGAAACUUAUAAAAUGGCCAUACCAUAAUUAUUUUGAGAAAAUAUUCUACAACUAUAACCCCAAUUUGGGACCGUGGGACAGAACUAAGAUCAAGCAACUGAUAGAGGCAUAUGCUCAAACAGCACACAAGUUCAGGAAUCCAAAGUUCCAAAAAAAGGAACUUUGGAAAGAUAUAUCUACAAUAGUCGGAGAGAGCCCCAGUAAUUGUGAUAGGAAAUUCAGAAAUUUAAAACAAACAUACAUUAGAAUUAAAAUGAAAUCAGAAUCUGGCAUCACAAAAUGGCGAUACUACAAAGAUUUUGAAGGAAUUUAUAACAAUCCAAAUUACUCACAUAGCAAAGAGGGAAUGCCAGAGUUAAUAUGCAAGUAUCAAGAAGAAGACUAUGUUAAACAGCUACUUACAUAUUACAUAGACAAUAUGGAAAAGUUCAGGGAUCCAUUAUUGAGGAAGCAUAAUGUUUGGAGAACCAUCGGACGAAAGUUAGGGUUAACGUCAGAAGAGUGUGAUAGAAAAUUUAGAAAUCUAAAACAGACUUAUGUUAGACUAAGGCACAAACAAAUAGACACUGGCAAGUGUCACAAGUGGCCAUACUAUGCUUAUUUUGAAAAAAUAUAUGAUGAGCCAUGCUCAAGGAUGAAGGAAUGUAGCCACAAUGGCAAUGAUGAUAUACCAUAUUCUGAAAUAAAGAGAGUAAUGCAAACAAUGCAGGAUAGACAUGAUAAGGACAAGUUUAAUACACUCAUUAAAGUAAUACAAGACUCAAAUAAUAUACAAAGAGAAAGAAAUAAGAUACUGCAAGCCCUACUGGAUAGGAAAUGAACCUGUUCAGUAUAAUUGUUACCAAAUAAACAUUAUUUAUUAAUUUGAA